AUGAAAAAAAGUGACAUUAUUGUUAAAAAUGGAAAGUUAAUUUCCGAUGUACUUAUUGGGUUAGAUAAAGAAAUACAGGUGGCAGGUGAUGAACUAGGAGAAUUUCGUCAUCAAGCAGAGAAUUUCUUGUGGUCACUUGCAAAUGAAAUAAAAUCAAUUACUGAAGAAGUUGAAAAGGUUAAACAAUCCGAAGAAAACUGGGUCAACAAAUUUAUUGGAUCAAAUAGCCAAUCAACUUCAAAUAUUCUUGCAAGUUUUAUUCGUGAGCGUCUCAAAGCGAUAGAAAAACAGAUACCUGGUCUUCAAGAGCAACUUAAACAAGUUAUUAACUCAAUUUCUAAAGUCCAACAUGGUGCAAGCAACGCACAUGCAUAUCUUAUUGAUGGCGAACGUGAGGCAGAACAAGCCUUAAAAAACCACUGGUCAGGAGAAGUUAUCGAUUAUUAUUUACGUAAGAGAGCAGAAUCAGAGCUUAAACAGGUGCAAUAUAUUAUAAAAUUGCUACGAGAGAUAGCCCCGAGUCUUAUGAACUUUGAAGAGUUUUUAAAAGAAUACCGUCGUAAGAUUCAAGAUGUUGAUAAAGAAGUUCGAUAUGUUCGGAGUUUUACAAAAAUUGCAACUGCUGAGGAUAUAAAAUAUUUGAAAAAAACAAUCGAUGAUCUUGAAAAACAACAUGAGAAAUUUUCUUCUGCAGAGAAACAAUUGGGAUAUAAGCCAAUUGAUUCUUAUUAUUUUGAUGAUAUAAUUAAUUCUCGAAAUCGUGAUUGUACUGAAUUUCGUGCAAUGAUUGAAAAACCAAAUAAGGCGUAUCUUAAAAAAAUAAGAAUUUGGUCAUCAGACAUAGUGAAUGCCCUUGCAUUCUUUUAUUCUGAUGAUACUUCUGCCAUAUAUGGUACACCAGGCGAUGGUGAUUCUUAUGACUUUGAUUGGCAUAAAGGUGAAAAAAUUAAGCAUAUCUUUAAACGAGUUGGAUCUGUGUUGUAUGCAAUCCAAUUUCAUACCGAUCAAGGUCGGAUUUCUGAUUGGCGUGGUGGUGAGAAAGGGGAUUCAUAUCGCGUUUUGAAUGAAUACGCAUCAGCUAUUGGAAUUCAUGGAAGUUUUUCUCGUCAAAUAUGUAGUAUUGGUAUUAUUACAAGGUGA